AUGACUUCAAAUGCUAGCUCUCUGCAAAUCUCCAUUGACUCGGCAUCGGAUUCCAACGCGCCUGUGCCACCACCACUGUCAUCCCAUAUGAUCCACAGCCCCAGAUCUCGCAAACACGCCCGAUCCCACGAAAUGACAGAAAAGGACGUGGAAGAUCUAAGCCAAGGGCCUUCGGGCACUGCUCUCGGGCAGUUCUCUUUUGCUCCCACUACUCGGACCACUGUUGUCACAACAACCACCACCACAACAACCUCAUUUCCGCCCCUGACCAUCAAACCUCCGCGUGCCGUGAAAGAUCUGGAUACUCGACAGUAUCCCCUCGCCUCAACACCUACUCCCGCCGCACUGAGGAAUCUCAAAUUCAAAAUUGGCGACAAGUCUAUCGUCUUCAACGAGCCCGAGGAUACUUCGACUGCUACUGCCGAGCAAAAGGAGAAAAACGAGGCGUUACGGAACUCAAAUGGCCAGAUUCGCUCAGUGAACUCCUUCAUCCUCGAGGGCGAGAACCCUAUACAGCGACUUACCAGGUCGAAUCCAACGAGUCAACCGUCCGGCCACUCCUCUGACGCUCGACGCCGUGCAGUCUCACCAGUUUCCAUCCCAGAUACACGACCCGCUAUACUGCCCCGAACUCGCUCGAACCGAGUUCCUUCUGAACCUAUCACCCGCCGCACUCGCCAAAGUGGCGUGUCGUCAACUCAUCUCGCCGCUGGAUUGGCCACUCCCGACACCGAAGUUAACACCGGGGGACUAGGCGAAAAUGUGGCACCGAAACCAAGAAUCCACAGUGCGGCAUUCCCGCGAAGGGAGCCCCCUUUGCCGUCGCCCCUUUCCUCUGAGAUUGGUGCCAAAGGCCCACAUACUCCUCACCCAAGUUUCGGCUUGCAGAGUGAGGUGUCUGGUAAUUGCUCAGGCUCCGUGCCUCGAGAGCCUCAUGUGCAUACGCAGGAAGGAGACGAUAGCGGCCCGGCCACGCAGGAGGCGAGCUCAUUUGAUCACGACUCGACGUAUGAUACGCAGGAAACUACACAAGAGCGACCGGAGCUCACUUCUCAGCUUUCGGCGAUCGAUAAUGCCAUGGCCCAAGAUAUGUGUCUCCCUAGCCCCAGUCUCUCGCCGGUCGCUGCGAUGAAUGCUUUACACGGCGAAUCCUCGUUUGAUUCGGAAGGAUUCGACAAUGAUACGGAUUCUAGCCUCGAUCAAAACGUUUCGCGUCUUUCGAGGGCUUUGCGACUUCAAGAUGCAGAGGGUGGCCGAUCAAAUAAUCACAUUGCUGGGAACUCACGAUCCCCGUCCUCACUUCUAGACAUGCCCAAGGUCCUGGACUUCUUUGACUCGGUUCCGGAUGAGGUCAAAACCUAUCUGAUGUACCAAUUCCUCCGAAGAUGCCCUAAGCCUACUCUCCAUUUUGUGGCCGACGUGGUUAACCCAACAUUGAAGUGUGACUUCCUCACUCUUCUUCCUCUGGAGCUCAGUCUCAACAUUGUCAAGUACCUUGAUGUACAGACCAUGUGUCGUGCUGCGCAGGUCUCCAAACGUUGGAGACAUAUCACCAACUCCGAUGAAAAGAGCUGGAAGAAUUUGCUUAUAAGUAAUGGUUACUCGCUUUCAGACGGGGAGUUGGAGCGAGCCAUCCGGCAAGGAUGGGGGUGGCAACUGUGCAACGGUCCCGAAAACCACGAAGAAGACCUCAGCAUCCUUGAUAUACCCAAGGUGGACAGGGAAGUUUCUCCUGUUCCCACAAUGACCGGUCCAAGCAGUAGAAGCCCAUUAGCAGCACUACCCGUCAUCAGACGGCCCAAGAGGAAGGCAAACACGCGUAUCUCGAGCCGUAAACUUGCCAAGCGAAAGGUAUCGGCAAUUGGAGAAUUUGCUGAUCCGGACUGGAGAAAGGAUAUCGCUGCUUCUGAAACUCCUUACGCAGCUGCUAAUGCAGCGGCCUCUGCUGUUCCUUAUGCCGAAGUGGGACUGCCAUCUCUCCGUGGAAUAUCUCUUUUCAAGGUUCUCUAUCGUCGCCAUGUUUCAAUCCAUAAAGGAUGGAUGCAGCCGGAUGUCAAGCCACAGCACAUUGCUUUCCGUGCCCAUGAUCGUUCUGUUGUCACUUGCUUGCAAUUUGAUGCCGACAAGGUCCUCACCGGAAGCGAUGAUACAAACAUCAAUGUCUAUGAUACGAAGACAGGCGCUCAGAAGGCAACGCUGCAGGGCCACGAAGGUGGUGUCUGGGCUUUGGAAUAUCAUGGCAACACUCUGGUAUCCGGCUCCACUGAUCGCUCGGUGCGAGUUUGGGACAUUGAGCGCGCUCGAUGUACUCAGGUCUUCCAUGGCCAUACCUCAACUGUGCGCUGUCUACAGAUUGUCAUGCCCACGGAAAUCGGCAGGGAUGCAAAUGACCAGCCUGAGAUUAUGCCCAAGGAGCCUUUGAUCAUCACUGGUUCUCGCGACUCAAGCCUUCGUGUUUGGAAGCUCCCCAAGCCCGGUGACCCGGUCUACUAUCAAAAUGGCCCUCUUGCGGAUGACACUGCCUGCCCGUACUUCCUCCGUGUUCUUUCCGGCCAUUCACAUUCUGUCCGUGCAAUCGCAGCCCACGGCGAUACUCUCGUUAGUGGCAGCUACGAUUUCACAGUCAAAGUCUGGAAAAUCUCCACUGGACAGACUUUACAUACGCUGCAAGGCCAUUCGAUGAAAGUGUAUAGCGUCGUUCUUGACCACAAGCGCAACCGCUGCAUCAGUGGCGCCAUGGACCACAUGGUCAAAGUGUGGUCACUGGACGACGGAUCCGUGCUAUAUAACCUCGAAGGCCAUACAUCUUUAGUCGGAUUACUCGCCUUGGAGCACGAAUUCCUAGUUUCGGCUGCGGCCGAUUCCACCCUCCGUAUCUGGGACUCCGUGCACGGCCACUGCAAGAACACAUUGAGUGCGCACACUGGGGCCAUCACCUGCUUCCAGCACGAUGACCAGAAGGUUAUUUCAGGGUCUGAUCGUACACUGAAGAUGUGGGACGUGCGGACUGGCGAAUGUGUGCGCGAUCUUCUCACAGACCUCAGCGGUGUGUGGCAGGUCAAGUUUAACGACCGCCGAUGUGUUGCUGCAGUUCAGCGCGAUAACCUGACCUAUAUUGAAGUUCUCGACUUCGGCGCAGCCCGAGACGGCGUGCCAGAUACCAACCUCGCGAAGCGAAUUGUCGUUAACCGACGGGGCCAAGAAGUUGUCAAUGGCACCGAGGACGACGACGACUCUGACUGA